UGCAUUUGAAGAUAUUCCUUCUUUAGCGAAUUUACAAGCAUGUAUGUUGUAUUUGGUUUGCUUUCGCUUAGUGUAUGGUUAGUUAAUCCAACUAAUGUACACCGAAAUGCAUUUACUUUACCAAAAAUUGGCUAUCGUUUAAAUGGUAAAGAGCUAAAAAUCAAACAUAACAUGAAAACAACGUUUCUCUGUGCAAGUGAUUGUAUUCGUUUACAGGAAUGUUCUGCUUAUAAUUAUUUGGAGACAAAUGAAUCGUGUCAGUUAAUAGCUACGGCCAAUUUAUCGGAUUCUGAACCGGAUCCAAAUUCUAAAGUAGUUUUGAAAAAGCUAACUUGCAACAUCAACCCUUGUUUGCAAGGUGGUACGUGUCAUGAAGUUCCGACUUCUGUUUAUGAUGUAAGAGGAUACAAAUGUUCCUGUCCUUGUGGACGUUGUGGACAUAAUUGCAAUAGAUUGCAUUUUGGACAAGUUGAAGACGCUUGUAUAUAUCUCUUCAAUGCCGGUUACAAGAAAGUUGAAAGUCAGGAAGAAUGUAUGUCAUUUUGUUGGGAUACACAAGGUUGUAGAUCUGCUGAUUACAUAAGUAGUGAAGGAGCUUGUUGGCUGAAUUCAGUUACAGGAGACGAAGAACCUUUGACUAUGGAUUGUGAUAAGUGGUAUCCAGGUGUAGCUUAUCUCUUUUUCAAUUGCACUUGUGAUCCUUCGGAUUAAUAAAGCAAAAACUUCUGAUCGGAUAUUUAUACAUUGUAGUAGCGAUCUGAAUCAGUUGAUUUGAAUUACUGAUGAUUUAGUUCGUUGUUGAAAUCCUCUGAUUUAUUUAAAAUGGAUGUCAUUGAUUUAAAUCAAUUUAAAAAAAAUGUAUUGAUUGUUAUUAAAUGAAUAUAUUUAUUGAACCUCAAAAAGUGAUUUCAUUUUUAAUGCCAAUUUACAACGAGAGAAUAUCCAGAAUUACAUACAUAUAUUUUAGAAUAUAUUGAUUGUUGUUAAAUAAAUAUAUCUCUUACGGC